AUGUGUGUCCCUCAUCAGCAGCAACUUCCGACCAUUCCAUUCUUAAAUACAGCUAUUUCGGAGGAUCAUUUCAAAGCACACCUUCUUGCACAAUCUUGGGAGUUAACUGCACGACAUAAGCAGGAUCCAAACCUAGAUUUAGAUGAUCAAUAUUGGAAAGUGAUUUUGGAAAUUGAUCACGAGAGAAAGUUUGAAUAUGUAUUCCACAAGGACGUCAUUGCUGACAACUCUGCAUUAUUUCAUAAUAUUAUAGGAGCAAUGUAUGACUUUGAAGAUUUGAAGCAACACAACACAUGUAUUCAAAUUGUCUCUGAUGAAGAAAGGAUUGUUUUUGAGCAAGUAAUUAUUCCAUGUUUAUACGGGUCAAGAUUCAUCGAAAUUACGAAAGGAUCACAGUUGAUCAUUGCGUUGGACUUUUUUGAUUAUUUACAAAUGGAAAGUUUUAAAUCCUUGCUUCAACCUUCAUUUUUUGAGCUCUAUACAUCAAAGCCUACUAGAAACAAAACAGAAUAUUUAGAUGAACAUAGCGAUUAUUAUUUGAGAGUUUAUUUUGACACACAUCCUACUUUUGUAGUUGACCCUUUCUACGUCAAUUAUCAUUACGAGCGAUGUAUUAAGGGGUUUUGCAAGUUUUUACAACCAAAGAAUUUGACGAGAUGCGAGAAACUUUUUUCAACUAUGAAUCCAGAAAACUUUUUGCAAUUAGUUUCGCAAGACUCCUUGGGAAUUUAUGAAGAAGAUCAAUUGGUGGAUGCAAUUGAAAUAUUUUUGCGAGUUCAUCCUCAAAUUCCAAAAGAAUUUCUCAACAAAAUUUGGAGACAAGUGAAAGUGAAAUUUGUGAGGGAUCAAACUUUUUUCAAGUUGAUGAAUCACGAUAGCAUUGACAAUGCAACCAAGGAGUUCAUGAAAAAAAAGAGAAAUGAAAAUAAUGAAACUAGGAGAGAUUAUAUCAACCCAAUUAUGAUGAUAGCGACAAAUGUUGGAACAUUGGAAAAGUGGAACAUUUACAAAGACUCUUGCGAAUACUCAGUGAAGGUACAUACUGGGUACAUUCACGAUAUCAUCUGCAAAGAUAUGGGAGAUUAUAGUUUUAUUUUCACAUGUGGCGAUGAUGGCAGAGUGUGUCUUUGCAAAUCAGAGAAAAAAGGCCCUCUUAUGUUCAUUAAGGCAAUUCAAUUUUCACCCAUCACGCCUGUCUUGUCCAUAUCUGCCAAUGAUAAUGUUCUGACAGCAGUUACUGGUUUAGGACAAGUCCAUUGCGUCGAUAUUUCCUCGAACACCUCUGACAAAGUGACGCCUGUCAUGUCAAUAUCAACCUUGAUUGAAAAUGAUACUCCUUCUAGAUGUGUAGUAGUCACCAAUUCUCACAUAUUCAUUGGAGAUACAAUAGGUCAUAUACAUGUUUGGAACCUUGGGAAUUCAGUAGAUUCAAAAAGAUAUUACAUCCACACCAAACAAGUGAUGUGCAUGAAAGUCAUUACCUUCAAAAACAAUGAUUAUUUAUUAAGUGGAGGAUGCGACCGAAAAGUGGUCAUUUGCAAGAUUGAUCGUCAAGACGGCAGCUUGUCACGCCUCCAAACAUUUGACGUUUCGACUGGUUAUAUAUAUUCCCUAGAUUUUAUACUUAAAUCAACUGAUGAUUUUGCAAGAAAUGCGAUUGUCACUGGGGCAACAGACUUCAUGGUGAAUGUGAUUGAGAUUGGAUCAGGAAUAGCUACCUCAUUUAGAGAGCAUCAAAACUUCGUUUAUUCCGUGAUUUCGAAUGGAUUUCAAGCCAUCAGUGCAAGCGAUGAUUCCUCAAUUAGGGUUUGGAAUACAGAGACAGGAGAGUGUGAUCAAAGUCUUUUCUUACCAAAUGCUGCCCGUAAAAUUGUAAUAGAGAGUUCUCAAAGUUUCCAAAAUCAUUAA